ACGAGGCGUCCCGCUCCCAGGCAGCUGGCAGCGAGCCAGGCGGGAGCCUCAGAGCCCGGGCGGGCGGAGUGGAGCAGCGCGCGCGCGCAGGCGGGCGCUGGCGAAGCUGCUGCUGCUGCUGCUGGCCCGUGUGCGCGCCUGUCCAGCUCGGCUUGCAUCAGACAAACCUCCCAGCUUGGGCCGCCUCCCCCUCUGCCUCUGCUUGUCCCCGGGAGCGGGGCACAGGUGUUCACUUCGCCAGCGCGCUGCUGCAGCUGCUCCCGGCAAAGCCUCGGACCUGCGAGCCGCCGGCACCCAAGGCCCUGCAAAAAUGCUGUGGAAAGCGCAUCAGCUGCUGAGGAAAUUCUCCACCACGGCCACAGCUUAUCAACAUAAGCUAAAGCUAGCUCUGAUAGGUCAGAGUAUUUUUGGUCAAGAAGUCUAUAGACACCUGCAGAAAGAGGGACAUAGAGUCGUGGGAGUGUUCACCAUUCCAGAUGUGAAUGGGAAAGCUGACCCUUUGGCACUGGCAGCAGAGAAAGAUGGCACCCCUGUUUUUAAGUUCCCCAGAUGGAGAGUUAAGGGCAAGCCUAUCCAGGAAGUAGUUGAAGCCUACAAAUCAGUUGGAGCAGAUCUAAAUGUACUUCCAUUCUGUACGCAGUUCAUCCCCAUGGAUGUUAUUGACAGUCCUAAGCAUGGAUCAAUUAUCUACCAUCCAUCCAUCCUUCCCCGCCACAGAGGAGCUUCAGCUAUCAAUUGGACUUUAAUUCAAGGAGAUAAAAAAGCAGGGUUUACUAUUUUCUGGGCUGAUGAUGGUCUGGACACUGGACCAAUUCUUCUGCAGCGGGAAUGUGAUGUAGGACGGAACAAUACCGUGGAUGACUUAUAUAAUCAUUUUCUUUUCCCAGAAGGCAUAAAAGCUAUGGUAGAAGCUGUCCAGCUAAUUGCUGAUGGUAAAGCUCCUCGGAUACCUCAACCUGAAGAAGGGGCAACAUAUGAAGGGAUCCAGAAGAAAGAAAAUGCAGAGAUUUCUUGGGACAAGCCUGCAGAAGCUUUGCAUAACUGGAUCCGAGGGCAUGAUAAAGUACCUGGAGCUUGGACAGUGAUUGAUGGCCAGAUGGUUACUUUCUAUGGGUCAUCAUUACUUGAUGGGCCAGUGCCUCCUGGACAACCAUUGGCAAUAAAAGGCACCACAAAACCUGGGCUUAUAACCAAAAAUGGCCUAGUUCUUUUUGGUAAUGAUGGAAAGAUGUUGUUGGUGAGAAAUCUACAAUUUGAGGAUGGAAAAAUGAUCCCUGCAUCUAAAUACUUUUCAUCUGAUGAGAUGUCUGUCAUAGAACUUACAGAAGAGGAGAAAAAGAUGGCAGAAGAUAUCAAGACCAUUUGGAAGGGAAUUUUGAGCAAUGUUGCUGUAAUUGAGGAUUCUACAGACUUCUUCAAAUCUGGAGCAUCCUCGAUGCAUGUUGUCAGAAUGAUUGAAGAGAUCAAACAAAAAUAUGGUGGACUUCAGCUGCAGAAUGAAGAUGUGUAUAUGGCCACUAAGUUUGCAGACUUUAUUCAGAUGGCUGUGAGGAAACUGAGGGGAGAGGACAAAGAAGAAGAAUUAGUCAUAGAUUAUGUUUCAAAAAAUGUUAACAAUAUGACUGUGAAGAUGCCUUACCAGUGUUUUAUAAAUGGACAGUUUCUGGAUGCUGAAGAGGGAAAAACAUAUGACACUAUAAAUCCAACAGAUGGAUCAAUAAUAGCAAAGGUGUCUUAUGCUUCAGUGGCUGAUGUUGACAAGGCAGUAGCAGCAGCAAAAGAUGCAUUUGAAAAUGGUGAAUGGGCAAGAAUGAAUGCAAGGGAAAGAGGGAGAUUAAUGUACAGACUUGCUGACCUGAUGGAAGAACACCAAGAGGAAUUAGCAACAAUUGAGGCCAUUGACUCAGGAGCUGUCUACACUUUAGCUUUGAAGACCCAUGUAGGAAUGUCUGUGGAAACAUUCAGAUACUUUGCUGGAUGGUGUGACAAAAUUCAGGGUUCUACAAUCCCAAUUAGCCAGGCCCGCCCAAACCAUAACCUAACAUUCACCAAGAAGGAACCCAUAGGAGUCUGUGCAAUUGUUAUCCCUUGGAAUUACCCACUGAUGAUGCUUGCAUGGAAGAGUGCAGCAUGCUUGGCUGCAGGCAACACGUUAGUUCUCAAACCAGCACAGGUCACUCCUUUGACUGCCUUAAAGUUUGCAGAGCUCUCAGCUAAAGCAGGAUUUCCCAGAGGCGUUAUAAAUAUUCUACCUGGUUCAGGUGGUUUAGUGGGACAGCACAUGUCUGAACACCCAGAUAUCCGCAAACUUGGAUUUACUGGUUCAACUCUUAUUGGUAAACAGAUCAUGAAGAGCUGUGCAGUCAGUAAUCUGAAGAAAGUUUCCCUUGAACUUGGUGGUAAAUCCCCACUGAUCAUUUUUGAGGACUGUGAACUUGACAAAGCUGUGAGAAUGGGCAUGGGAGCAGUAUACUUCAACAAGGGAGAAAACUGCAUUGCAGCUGGAAGACUGUUUGUGGAAGAAUCAAUUCAUGAUGAGUUUGUUAGGAGAGUGGUGGAAGAAAUAAAAAAGAUGAAAAUUGGUGACCCGCUCGAUAGAGCCACAGAUCAUGGUCCACAGAAUCAUAAGGCUCAUCUGGAAAAGCUGCUGGAAUAUUGUGAAAUUGGAGUGAAAGAAGGAGCAACAUUAGUGUACGGAGGAAGACAAGUAUGUAGACCAGGUUUCUUCAUGGAACCCACUGUAUUUACAGAUGUUGAAGACCAUAUGUACCUUGCCAAGGAAGAAUCCUUUGGUCCUGUUAUGGUAAUUUCAAAGUUUAAGAAUGGGGAUGUCGAUGGAGUGUUAAAAUGCGCAAACAGCACAGAAUAUGGCUUAGCUUCAGGGGUUUUCACAAGAGACCUAAGCAAAGCUCUGUAUGUUAGUGAAAAUCUAGAAGCAGGAACAGUUUUCAUUAACACAUAUAACAAAACUGAUGUGGCAGCACCAUUUGGUGGAUUCAAACAAUCUGGCUUUGGAAAAGAUUUAGGUGAAGAAGCUCUUCAUGAGUACCUCAGAACUAAAGCUGUAACUGUGGAGUAUUAAAGAAACUGCUCAGCCUGACUGCCAAAGCAAACCCCUUGCUGACAGCCUCAAUUUUAAGUACUCUGUUAAGCACUUAAUACAAUGCCCAGGAUAUACUUUCUGAAGUAGUACCACUAACAAAAAGCAAGUAGUAUUUAUCCAUGGAAAAUUGUAAGGACCAAAUUCUAGCC